UGUGCGGUGUCCCGGCUGCCCCCUGCUCCUGUGCCGCUGUCCCGAGCAGCCCGAUGUCCCCUCCGGCCGCCCGCGGCCCUCCGGCGCCGGGCGAGCAGCGCCUGCUCCCACAGGAGGCCGCCUCUGUCGCAGGCACAGCCACUGCCGGGCUCUCCCCGAAGGGGAGGGACCAAACUUUGCCUUACUUUUCAGCUGAGACAAUCUUUCUGGGAGAAAUCCUCCCCGGGCCUGGAAAACAAGUUCCUGGCACGGAGCCAUUCCCAACAAAGCCUGCGCGUCCCGGCGGAGGCCGUGGCUGCCGAGGUGCCGGGCCGUGCCCCGGUACGGCAGGGACAGGCUCAUGUGUGCGCUCCUGGAGUGCGAAUUCGGCUGGGGCUGGGUCGAGCAGCAGCAACCCCAGGGGAAAAUUCCCCCGGAUGAGUUGCAACAUCCCGUGGAGGAGCUGCAAUGCCUGUGGCCGGGCGAGCAGCCGGGGACGGCGCUUGGGCUCAAGGUGCCUUCCUGAAGAGUGCAGCAUGACAGAGCUCCACGAAGCCGUGGCUGUGGGCGACUAUGACCGGGUGAAAAAGAUUUUGAAGGCAGGGCACUGCGACCCAAACCAGAAGGAUGUUGACUGGCAUGACAGGACCCCCCUGCACUGGGCUGCUGCCAAAGGGCGGUGGGACCUGGUGCGGCUGCUGGCGGAUCACGGCGCCCGGCACUGCCUGCGCAGCCGUGUGGGCUGGACCGCGGCUCACUUCGCUGCCGAGGCGGGGCAGCUGCGGGUGCUCCGCUCCCUUCACUCUCUGCACGCUGCCAUGGAUGCCGCCGACCUCUUCGGAGACACUCCCCGCAGGCUCGCGGAGAUCUACGGACACCGGGAGUGCUGCAAAUUCUUAGAAAACCAUUGGCUCAGCUCAUGGGUAUUUUCAUCCUUACAAAGGUGUUUCCUGGAUCAGGAUGCUUUACUGCAGAGAGCAGAGGUGGAGAGCAGGAACUACCGCAGGAAAGCUGCACUGAGAAAAAUCCCCUUAGACCAGAGAGAUGAAGACUGGGAACUCAAGAAAGAAGAACUUAAGAAAAAUCCACCAUGUUUUUGGGAGAAGUGCACGGCCUCUAUUAGAAAGAAAAAUGGGAAGAAAAAGGGGAAGCAGUAGUGUGCUCUGCCUGUUUGGUGCCUUCAAGUGCUUGCAAUGCAGACCAAAGGCACUGGCAGACCUCAGGUGGAUCUGCAGGGUGAUACUUGGGUGAAUAGAAGAAGCAGAUGGCUACAAGAGUGCAUCCUUAGAGAUAUACUGUAAACUAUCAAGAGCUGGAAGUGCUUCAACCUCUCUGUGUGUUUCUAUGUAUCUGAUCUCAAAACUAAAAACAACUGAAGAAUAUGUUUAACUAUACCAAUACUCUAAAUCUCUGCAAUGUUUAAAGUUACUGCAAUGGCAGCAGUUACCCAUAUUGUCAGGGAAAAAAAAUAAUCUUGAUCCUACCUGAUUCACAAAAGCAUCU